CCGUACUCUCAAGGAACAGUGAUCAUGAAUCUUUCUCAUCUACCCUUUAGCAUCUGUGUUGAAAAGAUGAGAAGGAGUACAUCUUCCCUCAUAGAAUUGAGUUUUUCCACUAUUUUCUAUGAGAUAGGCAAGCAAUGACACUUGCUAGAGAGAGUAAAGCUACACAGGAGGCAAACAACCUGAUCAUGUUUCAGGCUUAUCCAUUCCACAGCAGCACAUAUGUUUCAAGCGCAGGUGCACCCCCUCUUCACCCUUCCUCUCUCUAUCUCGGCAACACCUUCGAAGCUCAAAUCCCUUUUGCAGUCACUGACCCAACUGAGCUCAGCAAUUGCACCGACUUAGUAAUGGGAGGCUCCAGCUCCUCCUCUUCGGAAGACCUCGAGGGCUUGGGUGCUAUGCUAUCCUUCACACCGGGCGAUAAUCACAGUUACAAUCGCACUCCUUGGGCGUAUCCUUGCAACUCUCCACUGAUUUUCGAACAAGGAGGUGGAGUUGGCGAUCAUUUUUCCAGCUCAAUUCCGGUCGAAAGUUUCAGGUUAUUCUCAUCUGGAGAUAGUUUUUUCCGAGGGGAGGAGAAGGAGAGAGAAAGAAGCUUGUGUCUGCAGCAUAAGCGGCCAUAUCCGGGUGAAGAGAUUAAGGUGCAGGCCUCAAAGAGAGUUUGUGGGUACUCAAAGGCCAUGGACGUGGACAUGGACAUGGACAUGGACAUAGACAUGGGGGGGGAUUGCAUCCCAUCUCUACUUUUUAGGAAACCUACUAAACAAAGGCAUGUCCCCUCCAAGGACCCUCAAAGUAUAGCCGCAAAGAAUAGGAGGGAGAGGAUCAGUGAGAGGCUGAAGAUAUUACAGGAUCUCGUACCAAACGGCACAAAGGUGGAUUUGGUGACUAUGUUAGAGAAAGCCAUAAGUUAUGUAAAGUUUCUACAACUUCAAGUAAAGGUUUUAGCGACUGAUGAGUUCUGGCCUGCUCAAGGAGGCCAGGCGCCUGAGGUUGGUCAAGUGAAGGAAGCCAUUGAAGCCAUUCUCUCCUCUCACAACAGCAAAGCCUCCUCCUCUUCUCCUUCAAACCCUACCAUGUGAACUGCUUCUCAACUAUCAUUCUCUUCAUAUAUAAAUAAUAGUAUUCGUAGUCAGGACUAGAAGCAACUGGGAGUUAGAAAUGGAGGUGGAAUCUUACACAGUCACAAAAAGCUAUACUUUGGACCUUUGCGUAGAGAUCUUAUUUAAUUCUCUCUCUCUCUCAAGUUAUUUUGACUUCUUGUUGUAAUGCUUGCAAAGGCAACCUUAUGCUUACGUACUGUUUGGUUCUUCUCCAUUGGCACCAUGUGUAAUUCAUGGUUUUGUAAUUUAAAAUAUUU